AUUACUUGAUUCAGCCAUCCACAAUCAUAAAGGGCUCUGACUAAUUCUUAUCAAGAACCCAGCAAAGCCUUGAUACCUGAUAAACAUGUGUGGUCUAACUAGACCAAAUUUUAUUUUCCAGCAAAGGAAUACCUACUGAAUGUAGUUUUCAGCCUCUCAGAUCUCCUACCAUUAUUGAACCAGGUCUUGUGAUGUUAUAAACAGUCUUGCUUCUAGGUGUUGUGAUAAAAAUUAUCCAGGGGUUCUAUUGAUUAUGUGCUGCUGCCAACUGCAUCAGGAAAAAUUGAACUUCUCAAGCCUGAAGUUUAUAACCCAAGCUUGAUUGUACAGUUGGUGUGGUAGAAGCAGUGUCUUUGAAUAUCACACUCAUGGCAAGAACUCUGAGCCAGAAUUUCUUUCACAGUGAUGAAAAGAGCCAUAUUCUUAUGUUACUAAGACAAUCAAAUGUGAUCAUUCCUUUGUAUCAGCUAAACUUUGGAUGUAGUUUCUUUCUUUUUUUAAAAACCCUUACCUUCCAUUUUGGAAUCAAUAUCAAAUAUUGGUUUCAAGGCAGAAGAGCCCAAAGGGAUAGGCAAUUGGAGUUAAGUGACUUGCCCAGGUCAAACAGCUAGGAUAUGUCUGAGGUGGAAUUUGAAUCCAGAAUCUCCCAUCUCUAUAAGCCUGGCUCUCAAUGCACUGAGACACCUAGAUGCCUCUAUAUAUAGUUUUUAUAUACCUUUCUAUGUAUAUAUAUCCCCAAUAGAAUAUAAGCUUCUUGAGGUCUAAAUCUGUUUUGUUUUUGCUUCUUGUCCCCAGUACACCUUAUGUACUAGAAGCCCCUGGUACAUGAUAGGUGCUUCACAAAUGUUUGUUAUAUAAAUUAAUGCUCGGGCACUGCCCACAAUACUGAGGCAGAGGUUUAGUUCCCCACAUUUAAAACAAGAGUGAUGUUUUGUCUUGGCCAAGUGAAUAGAUCUUCCUUUAUGUUCCCAUUCGGUUCAGUUCUAGAAACCCCUUCUUUUUAACCAAGAUUCCAGGUAAACUCAAAGUAUAAUACAUGAACUCUUGAGUAUUCUCUUAGAAUUUACAGCAGUCAGGAUCCCACACUAAGUUUGACAAAGGAAAGAGGGAAAAUCAGACCACCAUAGCCGAGUCAAAGAUUCUCGAAACCUUACUCUUCUUCCUUAGUCUCAUACACCUCAGCAAAACCCUCAUGUAUUGGACUUUGCACUAACAGUGACAAGAAGAUUUAGAUGCCUGCUAGAUCUGGGUCAAGUCUCUGAUGUUCAUCUCCAUGGUACAGAACUCAACAAGUUCCAAAUCUGUGUUUGCUGCUUAUUAAAGCUCUCCAAAAGUAGAAUUAACUUCCUUCAAAGGAAAUAUGUUACUUCUCACUUGAAUUUCUCAAGCUUGUCAGCAGUGUAGUAGAAGAAAUUCUUGUUCAAGUACAGGUUGGACUAAAUGGCCUCUGAUUAUGCUCUAAACAGCCUAUAUUAUGCAGUUGCAGAAAUAAUCUUGCUAAUCCUAGAUCUAUGUAACUUUUCUGCUGAUUAGAUAUUACCUGAUUUCAUUUUAUACUCUUCUACCUCUUUUGCAACCAUAUAGAUCAUUGUGCAUAGCUUGAAAACACUCCCUAUCCCAUCUCUGCCUAUUGAAAUCUUUCUCUUCAAGAUGCACCUCAGAUACCAUCUCUUCUAUAAAACCUUUCCUAAUAUCCAUAGCAAAAAGUGAACUUUCCCUCCUAAAAUUUUCUUAGAGGCUUUUGAUUCUUUUUGGUAUUUGAUUAUGUUCUGUGUUAUAGGAUUAUAUAGAUCUAGAGCUGGAAGAAACUUCAGAAGCCAUAUAAUCCAACUGUUAUGAUUAAAAUUAGGGGUUGAAACUGAGUAUAAUAAUUAUAGGUCACCAAGGAUUUUUUACUUAUAAAAUCCUAAAAUGAAACUCUCAAGUCAGAAUGGAGUUUUAUGGUGAUUUAAUUACAACAGGAGGAAGAAAUUAUUAGAGGGAGAGAGAGAGGGAGAGGAAGAAAAGGAGGCUAACUCAAAAACCACUCUGGCUCAGGCUGAGCCAAGGCAGGAGUCUAAGGUCUUGGAGAGCCAAGGCAGAGAAGGGAGUCAGUCCUUAUCACUCACGUGAUCAAUCUGAAGAGAAGCUGUCUGCGGGGCUCCUCUAAGCUCAAGCUCCAGGAUAGAACUGGCGUCUAGCCCUCUCCACAGGAAGUGAUGAGAACUCCAGAGGCUAUUCUCUACCUCACUUCCUGUGUCUCACAUGUGCCAAUGGUGGCUCAAGCUUGGCUUAGGAAAGCCCAGAGGGGCAGUUAGUUGUUUCUGAUUUGUCAUUAGCUAGCACAUGCUUGUGUAGUGUGGGUGUGCACAUUCCUGGGUGCUAGACCAAACAAGAUGGAGAGAAUUUAAAAAUCACAAUCCCCCCUGAUGAUGAUUAGGGGACUAGUCUCCCCAAUUGAUCACUAAACAUAAGUGUCCUGCACCCCAAAAAUUUCCAACUGCAGGUGUAUACAAAAUUUUACCCUCUAAGAGGAAAACUACAAUAGUUAUAGAUAAGGGGGAAAUAGAGGAGAGCUAGAGACAGCAAAACCAAUGUUUUUUUCUGGGCACAUUGACAAAAGCCAAUUAGGGGGCAGUUCCCUUUGGCAUAAGAGUGUACAUUCAAAAUAAAUGUUCAGUCAACUGCACCCCAAGGUUCAUUCUGGAUCUUCCUGUAGUGUAAGGGUUUAGGUAUCUUUCUAUAAACAGUUCAUUCUCUGGAUUCAGGAGUUAGCAAGCAAUUAUUGGUUUUGUUCUUUUCGUCUUAUCCUCAAAUUAUUGUAAUCUUUAAGUUGAUUAUGUUUUCAUGAUCCUUUUUGGGGAAACUUUUCCCAAUAAUGAUCAAAUAGGGGGAUGUAAAAAUGGAGAUUUGAACCCCAGACUUCAAUUCCCAGAAGUCCUUGGCAGUUCCCAGAAUUCCCUAUAAUCUCACCUGAGUCCUCACCCGAGUGUGAGAUCACAAAUUAUUAUUUAAAGGGCUCUCCGCCUACUUUGGGUUCUCUUCCUAUACUCGGAGAUUGCAAGGAUGUAGAAUCAUUGACCUUCAAGGAUGUGGCUGUGGACUUCACCCAGGAAGAGUGGGGGCAACUAGACCAUGACCAGAGAUAUCUAUACAAGGAUGUAAUGCUGGAGAACUAUAGGAACCUGGUCUCAGUUGGACAUCAAGUUUAUAAGCCAAAUUUGAUAUCCCAGUUGGAGCAAGGAGAAGAACCUUGGAUUGUAGAUGGAGAAGUCCCAAGAGAUGCCUUCCCAGACUUGGAGAUUAGGCCAGAAACCAAGAAGUUAACUGCAGAGCAUAUCAUUUUUGAAGAGGAGUCAUCCCAGAAGAUAGAAGUUGAAAGAUUCACAAGGGAUAGUCCAUGGCACUCUAAGCAAGAUGAAAUCUGGAUAUUUGGAGACCAGCUUGGGGUCCCACAAGCAAUACGUGAGGGAUAUAUAAAACAAACUAACAUUUCCCAGAAUAAAAUCUUACCUGAGAAGAAAGGCCCUGAAUAUAAUCAGUUUAAUCUUGACUCAAUUGUUGUUACAGAGCAAAAUAUUCCCACUAGAGAGAGGUACCAUGAAUACAAUAUAUAUGGAAAAUCUUUUGAAUGUGAUUCACACCUAAUUAACCAGGAGAAAAUCUGUAUACCGAAGUCUUAUGAAUGUACUGAAUGUAGGAAAAUUUUCAGUAAAGGUGCACUACUUGCACAGCAUUGGAGAGUCCAUACUGGGGAGAAACCCUAUAAAUGUAGUGACUGUGAAAAAGCUUUCAGUAAGGCUACACUCCUUAUACAGCAUCAGAGAAUCCAUACUGGAGAGAAACCUUAUAAAUGUAACGAAUGUGGAAAAGCUUUCAGCCAAAGUAUAUGUCUUACUCGACAUAAAAGAAUUCACACCGGGGAAAAACCAUAUGAAUGCAAUGAAUGUGGGAGAGCUUUUAGACUGCGUGGACAUCUUACUCAACAUCAGAGAAUUCAUACCGGAGAGAAACCCUAUAAAUGUAGUGAAUGUGAGAAAACUUUUAGUCAGAGUACAGACCGUACUCAACAUGAAAGAAUUCAUACUGGAGAAAAGCCCUAUAAAUGUAUUGAAUGUGGGAAAGCCUUUAGAUGUAGUACACAUCUAACUCAGCAUCAGAGAAUUCAUACUGGAGAGAAACCUUAUGAAUGUAGUGAGUGCAGAAAAGCAUUUUGUGAUAGGUCAUCCCUUAAUAAACACCAGAGGAUUCAUACUGGAGAGAAACCUUAUGAAUGUAGUGAAUGUGGGAAAGCCUUCAUUCGAAGUUCAGACCUUACCCAACAUUAUAGAACUCAUACUGGUGAGAAACCUUAUGAAUGUAAUGAAUGUGGAAAAGUCUUCAGCCUGCAUGUACAUCUUACUCGACAUCAAAGAAUCCAUACAGGAGAGAAACCUUACAAAUGUAUUCAAUGUGGAAAUGCCUUCAGACACAGUUCAGCCUUGGUCAGACACCUGAGACUUCAUAGUGGAGAAUAAUCCUAGGAGUUUAUUAGCAAGUCUUUUGGACUUAACUCAUUCAGAUAUCCUGUGGUCAUAAUAGCACUGGAAAUGAUUUUGUUUGGUGUUCUUAAAUGAGAAACAUGCUGCUUCUUCCCCAUCACUUUCCCCUCUAAAUAUCUUUCUCCUAUAGUAGAUUCCCUAGUUUUCACAAGGGGUUCUACAUCAUUUCAUCCAAUAGCAGUUCCUCUUAAAACCAAUUUGCUUACUUAUUCAUUUAAAACUAAUUUGACUAAGUUUAUGAAGCGUUUUACUAGGUAGUUAUUUUUUGUGGGGGGUGGGGAGGGUUCUACCUAAUUUUUUAUUUGGGUCUCCUACUAAAUAUUUUGCAUUGUUUUUUGGUGAAGAAACAACAAAAGUAAUGUGUGAGUCUUUAUAGGGUUAAGGAAGUUGAUCAUUAGGUGUACUGACUUUUUAAGUGAAUUGGCUUGUUCCUUAGCAUUAGAAUUGUAUUGGUGUAGAGAGUGGACUUAUUUCCACACUUUCUUUAAAGAUGCAAAAAUCAGUUUAUUUUUAAAAUAAAAAUCAUCUUUAGACAAGUACAUUUUAUGAAGCAAUCUGUUGAGGCAUGGAAAAUUGGUUUUGCAUGCUGGUAAAAGGAAUAUUACCCACAGUGAUAAAAUCACAGAGCUUUGAAGUAGAAUAAUAAAUGUAGAACUGGAAGGAACUUCAAAGGUCAUCUCUUCUAACCCUCUUCUUUUGUUUUUGUUUGUUUCUUAAACCCUUACCUUCUAUCUUAAAAUUAAUUCUAAGACAGAGUAAUAAGGGUUGGCAAUUGGGGUUAAGUGACUUGCUCACGGUCACACAGCUAGGAAGUGUCUAGGGCCACAUUUGAACCCAGCAUUGUGUCUGGUGCUCUAUCCACUGUGCUAUGUAACUGUCCUUAACCCUUUUAUUUUAUAAAGGAGGGAACAGGCCCAGGAAGGGGAAGUGAUUUCCCAGGGUCACACAAAUAAAAAGCAUCAAAUGAGCAAUUUGAACCCAAGCCCUCUGACUAGUGUCAAUGGCUUUUAAGAAAAUAGCCUUUGAGAACCAAAGAAAUGAAAACUUAAAGGCAGUACUCUUGGAUAUGGCAAGUUAUGUUACUGGAAGAAAUACUUUAAAAGUUCAGCUGGUCACAUCUACUUUUCUCAUAAAAACAACAGGAAUCACAUUCCUGUCAACAUUUUAGUGAUCAAUUUUUUAUAGAAAUAAGAACAAAAAUGAUAAAUUGCCAAAUUUUACUGCUAAAACUGAAUGAUAUCAGGCUUUAUAAAUUAUAUAAAUUGCUAUAAAAGAGCAAUUCAACAACAUAGUUAACAUAUUUAAUGAUAGUUCAGAAUAUAUUAUACCAAAAUUAUAUCUGGCUUCUUCAUAAAAUCCUGCCUUACUUUGAAUUGUAGCAAAUUAGAUGAUGAGGGAAAUCCUUCAUUACAAAAUUCAGAAAGUUUCCUUUGACUAGAUUUUUUCAGGCACUUCUGGUAAAGGUUUUGAGAAAUGUUGGGUCACUAAAUGGCUUUUUAAGAGACUAAUUCAGAUAUCUAUUUGUUACACUGAUCUUAUUGUGAAUUUUCCCAUAGAAGAAGCCAUAGGAAUUGAAAAGAUCAGUGUGUUGAACAUUCUGCUGUUUGAUAACACAAUGUCUCUUCUAUUUUGGAUCUACCAUUUAUUUCAUCAUCACUAACAGCUUCAAUUUGUACUUUAAUGUUAGGUAGGGCACACUUGCCCUUGAAAUAGAUAAAUCAGCCCUUGCUGGAACUUAAAUUUUCCUUCUUUGAUGUUGAAAUACAAAGGCCACAAUCAUAAGUUUAGUUCUGAAUUCACAAAAUGAAAAAAUCAAUGUAAGGUAUUGGGCAGAACUUUAAAUUUGAAGUUAAAAUCUUUGAUCUACUGUUUACUACCAAGAUGAUCUUAAACAAGUCACAUUAUGAUUCUAAGUUUUGUCCUCCUCAUCCUUAAAAUAAAGGUGUCAGACUAGAUGAUCACUGAGGCCUCUUUCAGGUCUAAUCUAUGAUCCUUUUACCUCCCCACAUAAGUAUAUCUUCCCCAGUUUCCAUAAUCUAACCCUUAAUUCUGCGUGCUGUCUUGGAAUAGUGGAUUGCAAUUAGAACAUAUGUUUUUCCUUGUUUCCAGUAAUUUUUGAGGAUUUCAUAUGAGAAAUGGUGAAUUGUAAGACACUACCCAGUUACUUGGGGAGAAAAUUAUAUGUUGAUUUAAUUGAUCUAUGUUCUUUGUCUUUGUGUUUGUAUUUAUAUUUGAGUCUGUAAUUUAUGUAAAAUUUUAUUUUUCCUGAUUAUUGGAAAAGUGAGACUUUUUUGCUAUUUCUGGAAUGCAGCGUAAUGAGAGGUUUGCUGAGCCACAAGCCUAGAUGAUCCACAAAGUCUAAGAACUGAUUUUAUGCUUUGAGUGUCAUUCAAAUCCAGGCCUAGAGAUAUAUGGUAGUCUAAGCCCUAAAGAUACUGCAGUUGGGAAGAUUCAACUAAACAGAUUGUUUCAUUUAAACUGAAGAAUAGAGACUAUGGAGUGAAAUGUCAAAGUAAACUUUCAGGGAGAUAUCUUCAACCAAAGGAUAUUUGAGGCACAAGAACUGAAAUCUGGAACAAGAAGAUGAUUUAGGGAUUCAGGAAGUAAAUCUUAGAAAUCAAAGAAGCAAAGCUCUAUAGACAAUGGCUGUAGACCAGUGACUGCCAAUCAUAGAUUAAAGUUUCAAAUUAUGAAUAAUCUAACUGUAGUAACAUAAGGAGAUACUGACCUUAGCCUUUUUUUUAUUUUUCCCCAUUUACCAAUGGAGGAAGAUAGGAUUGGGUAGCCUUGAAGUGCUCUCCUUUCUGGUGCUAAACAUCUUGUUAAUUGGGAAUAACCACAUGGAAGCAACAUAGGAAAAUGGGUGGAGACUCUGAAAGCACAUCUCUCAAAGCAUGUAACACAUCAAAAUUGACAGAGGAGACUGGUAUUUGGGGUUCAAGGUUGGAAUGAAAUGAGACACUUGGGGAACAUAAACCAGUAAACAAAAGAAGGUUAAUAGUCAUAGCAAGGAAAAAAUAUCCAACAAGGAUACAGCACUUGUCUGAAGGAAAUGUACUACACCUUGUCUCCAUACAGAAAUAUAUUUGAUCAACAGGGCAUGGUGUGGAAACUUUGGUGGAACAGCCACCAAGUCUAUAGGUGAAAAAGGAAGUCACAUCAGUCUUUGUCCCCUGGGCCAAUCACCUCUCAGGUCAGUUUUCUGGUUUAAUCUAUCCUGUAUGGCAGUCACUCUGGUAGAUAUUGGUCCUACCACACCUUGUUUUCUACAAGAUCUCUUCCCUCUUAAAAGGAUAUAUAACCUUUACUGGACUGUAAUCUCUAGAAUGGGAAAAGUCUGAUAUAGGCAGCACUGGAGAGAGGGUAGGGUGGGGCAGAAGCUAAACCAGAAAGAGAGAGGGUAAAAAAAUCAGCAACCCCUUAAAAGAGUGAUAUAAUAGGAAAGAGACUGAAAAAAAUUGAAAUCUCAGACUAUACUUUUCCACUUUGGGAGAACCAAGCCCUAUGUUGCAUAUCUAAUCCAUAGUGGUUUUCUCUGGUGAAUAGCAGGAACAGCACCAGAGAUAUCAGAGUCACAGUACAGAUGGUGAUACACCUAGCCUAGUCAUCAAUUAUCACAGAUCAGGUUCAUCUGUAGUAAAGGUAGCUAGGAAGUCAUUACUCUCUUGUAUGCAGCCCGUCCAGAUGUAAGCACUGAUUCCAAGCCUGAGAGAACUGGGCUGGAUGAUCAACAUUCUUUCUCCCUCCUAGGAAGCUCCAUUGGGAUGGUAAUACCAGAAUCUUUUAGAGGCUUCUGCUAAGGGGUUGCCCCCUUCCCCAGGGGCCUGAAUAAUUUCCACCUUGGUUUAGGGAUCUCCCUUUCUUCCAAGUAAAUAGAAAUUCAUCAUUAUACAAUUUCACCUCCCCAAAUCUGUUAGGAACUCUCACACUUCCCCCAACAAUACCACACUUUGUUCCUUCAAACCCUUUCUGGAAAGGACUUGUAUUAACUGGGGACAGGAGGCCUUACCAUUUCCCAAGAGUUAUGGAGCCACCUGAGAGGAGCUACCUGAGAAAGCAAGGUCCUCCAGGCUUGGCCAACUACAGGGUACAGAAUAAGAAAGGGCCAGAGAGGGUCAACCAGAACCAUGUCCAAAAGUGUCCCUAUCAGGUGAGUCCUAGAAGUUGGAUCUAAGUAACUGCAGAACUAAAGAGACUUUCUAAGGAGGCAUUGAUUCAUUAUGACAAUGGCUUCUAGAAAGUGGGACAUGUGACUCCUGGUAAUCAGGCAUGAUGGCCAAGUUCUUGAUUAAUAGUAGUAAAUCUGUUUAUGGUAGAAGAGGGCCAAUUUGCCAGUUUAGGUCAAGGACCAAAUGAAUUUUCAAAAACAGACAUUCUCCCCCUGAAUGUCAGAAGUUUGUUCUAGAUUGUGUCCAGAAUCAUCUUGGUUCUUAACUACUGUAUUCCCAAACACUUGUCUGAGCAGGCUGUACUGUGGCUUUUCUUAGAUCUGAUCUUCUGGUACCAUAGGCAGCACUGGAGGAGGAGAAUCCUAUAUAUGAGCCACCUAAUAAGGUCUCUCAUCACUAGAUUAUCUGACCUAAUGAAUGUUAUCAAUAUAGUGUGUAUACUAAUACAGUUGGCAAGUAGGGGUUUUCAGGUCUCUACCUAUGACUGGUAGUGAGGAAAGUUCAAAUAGCACUUAAGUACAAUGAAGCUAUAACUGGACUCUUACCCAGAUAAAAGCAAAGUAUUAAUAGCCUCAGAUUUAGGAAUAGGGAGGGAAAAAAGACAUUAUUGAGGACAACCCAUUGGAAGCAUGGAUAGGACAGGUACAACAAAAGAGCAUGACAACUUCCACAGAUCCUUAUAGUUUAUUGUAAGUUUCUGGGGACAAUCAACAGGCUUGUUGUAAAGGAAGUUAGCUUAACAAAAUAUUUUGGUCAUUUUUGUAACUUGAGAGGAAAUGGUUUUACCUCUACUUGGGAUAAGGUAUUUUGGCAAUUCAAAUGCUUUCCAUUUGAUCUUAUCAACAAUGACUACCAUGGAGGUUGUUAAAAAGGCCCAGAUAGGUAACUCCCAAGAGCCCAUUAUGUCCUUUCCCUUGAGUCCUGCUGGAAAAGACUUCAUGGACUGGGAAACCCUAAUAAGCCCAUGGGGAGGGGGUCACCUGCUAUGACAAUAGCCUGUUUACAUGCCUAGGAGUCCCAAAUAUACAAAUAGGGCAGGAAGCCUUAAGGAAUGCCUUAGACUCAGGACUGAAGGGACUUACAGCCCUUGGGCUGGAUUUUGUGAUACUGUUUUACCUGAACCCUCAUAGGCUGAGGAUUGGUUUGUCAAUCCCAUGUGGUAAGAGCCAUAUCCUUGGCUAAGAGGGUCAGGGGAGGGGUAUUUUCAGAAGUUUGAGGAGAAAUAAAAGCUGUUGUGUAGACUGGAAUAGUUAUUUGAUUAGAAAGUAGAAUGAUUGUCUUGCUAUGGCGAAGGCCCAGUUCAGAAAAUUUAUAUAUUUGUAGUAUACCCUACUGAAACAUGUAGCUUGUUAGUUUUGGAGAUCCUUUUCCUUAAGUUGCAUUAUUACAGAGCUAGGCUUCAUCUACCCUUUUGAUGUUCUUUCUAGAGGUUCCCCUGAGGAGUAAGGGUUGAUUUUCUAGUGCUUAUAUAUAUAUAUAUAAUGUAUAAAGCUUCAUCUGAAGUGCUUAAGAUUAUCACUUGAAAAUCAUUUUAGCUCACCUUUUAAAAAAGGUAUUUAAUACUAAGGUGGUAUAGUAAGAAGUAAAUAUAAAACAUAUCCCCAGAAGUUUGUGAAAAACUCAUAUAGAGAAUCCUAAGGGAAGUGGGCUCACGCUUAUAGAGUAAUUGUGGCAAAGGAGUAAUUGACAGCUCCUAGUUGCUGGAAAUAUUUUUUCCCCCUUCAUAGGAUCCUCAAAAAAUUCUUUAGCAUGGUAUAAUUUUUUUUGUUGAACUUGUAGAACUGUGAAAUGUGUCUGGUCUGACCUUCCCAAAAGAGACAGACAUCAGCUGACAUAGGAUACUGCUAAUAGUGGGAUGAUGUGAAGUUUCACAUUUUCCAGACUUGAUGAAUUUCACACAAUCUUCCAGUAGCUAAGGAAGAAGGAGCAAAGUAGGAAUAGAGAUGAUGUCCAAGGUUUUAAAAAGGCUUCUCUCUCAAGUGCUUACUUAGAAAUUUUACUAGAGAAAUUAGGGGGAGUUCAGGAAGGAUUAUCACCUCUGGUGUGAGGGCUUGCUGAGCCCUUUUCAGGGCUGCUUAUCACCCUUUCAUGUCAAACUCAAUUCUCACCUGUGGCUUCAAGAAAUUAUGACAUGCACAGCAUCCAUACCCCAAUAAACCCAUCUCAGCAGGCAGGCUAAACCAGUUUAGAGGCAACAAGAGGUCUUAAGUCUUUUGGUAAGUAAUGGGGAUGAGGAUGCCUACUCCAAGCAUGUGAAGACUUCCCCUGGACAGAUGGUCCCAAGGCCCACCAAGAUGGUUGAAGCAGGUGCUAUAGCGUACCUACAGCUUGGUCAAACAUCAAAGACACCAAGGUCUUCCACUGCAUCCCAGAUUCUUGUCCUGCCACUAGACUUCAGUGACUCUGAAAGAGGGAGUGAGGCCAACAGUUUUGUACAACUCUGCCUCAUUUAAAUCUACCUCACACUCAAGUCAAGAUACCUCCUAAAUGAUGUCAUUGGUUUUCUUCAGAAAUGAAGGACAAACAACUGGAAAGCCAUACUAACUUGAUAAUUUAUAGACAGUCCCAGAUGCACACACAAGUAUUAAAAUUCAGGACAAUCAUUCCAGUCCCAAUUACUUUUAGAACUUAAUUUGAAAGUGAUAUUGAUAGAAUUCUUAUCAUAUUAAGUAGGAUGGGAUCACGUGAAAGGAGUAAAUCAAUCAAUCCUACUCUUACUUGAGGAUACUUCCUCCCCUUCCCCAGUUCCAUCAGCAAAAUGUAUAUAAGAAUACUCCAAUCUUUGGAUGUAGUUGCUAGGCUGGGGUCCUUCCUCUUUGUAUGAAUGACAACUCCAGCAUUAUACACUAUAGGCACUUAAUAUUUUCAAUAUUAUUUCAAUGAUAUUUUCAACUUAACUUUUUGUCUCAGUUCCUCAUCUGUAAAAUGAGCUGGAAAAGGAAAUGGCAAAUCAUUCCAGUACCUUUGCCAAGGAAAUUCCCAAAUGGAGUCAUGAAGAGUCAGUCACGACCAAAAGGACUGAACAACAAAAAUAUUUUCAAUAAAUUUUAAGUUCAUUUUAAGGGUACUAGUGGCACACUGAGUAGGGGCAUGGUUCUAGAGUCAAGAAGACCUGAAUUCAAAUUCAGACCCCAAGUAAGUAAUUUAACUGUUGCCUUAGUUUCCUCAACUGAAGAAUGGAGAACAUAAUAGCACCUACUUCAAAGGGUUGAUAUUAUUAAAUAAUAUUGUCUAGCACAUAGUAGACUCUGUAUAAAAAGGCUUAUCUCCCCUUCCCCCUAGCAUGUGCUUUGUAAACCUUAAAGCACUACAUAAAUGUUACCUGUUAUCAUUGGUAGAGACCUUAUCUUAUUAAUCAUUGUAUUUUCCAUAAAUUAGCAUAGAUGUGAUCUAGUUGUACUGUUUUGAGUCAUCAGUGUAUUCAGUCAAAAGACCUAGAUUCAAGCCUUCUGACACAAGAUGUAUGGCCUCCUCAUCCUCAGUCGUGGUUUCUUCUAUAAAAAGAGUGCUACUUGUCUCUAUUAAAAUAUUUUCACUAAUAUAGUGCUAUUGUGAAGACAAAAUGAGAAAAUAAACCACAUGAUACUUUUUGUAAUCAUAA